AUGGACCUCCCAACUAUCAAUAGUACAACAAGCAUUUCCGACAAUGUGGAUUUGAAAAACUACUAUGACGACUUACUGUUCAAAAACAACAGUGGUAAAUCGCUAUCAGACUUACCCCGUAAACUGAAUGGUAAUUCCGAUAACUCAAGCAAUGGUGCUGUUGAUCCGCUCGCUGGUUUGAACACCUUAAGAAAUUCAAUAAAGAGUAGUGGAAAUGGUAUGGAAAGUAGAAGAACUUUUGACGAUAUUGAUUUUAUGAAUAGGUUUUCCUAUCCGCAACAGCAACCACACCAACAUCAACAACAGCCACACCAACAACAGCCACCGUUCUCUCACCCAAACGGGUUCAUUCAAGAACAGCCUUCCAGCACACUAACUUCUUUUCAAAUGUCUUCUUCUAAUUCAGAGCCAAUGUCAACACCACCUGUUUCAUCCAAUAAUAAUCACAUGGGUCCUACUCAAAUGGGCACCUAUCAAGCUCAGCAACAGCUGUUUCCACAAUUUAACGGAAAUUCAUUUCGUCCAAAUGGAAAUGAAUUACUGGAUAAUGGAAGGGAUUUAGACUACAUGCGCUUACUGAAUAAAGGAAACCUAAAUUUUAUUUCAAACAACGGUAACAACUUUGCUGCCCCAUCUCAUAGUGCCGGUAACCCAUCCGAUGUUAACAACCAACAUCAAUCACAAUUCAACUGGCAGCAAUCGUCUCAUCCAGAAUCUACCGUUAGGAGAUCAUCCUAUAUAUCGGAUACACUAAUAAAUCAUCAAAUGCCUGGGCUUCAACAAAAGCAAGCACCACCAUCGCAGCAGCAGCAACCUCAAGGUUUUAAUCCCUUUAAUAACAGAUUUGGCUAUGAUAACUUGAAUUCUACUCGUUUGAAUCCAAAAGGUGUGCCCGAUUUUGGAAAUGGUGUACCACCCCUUUAUUCCUACGAUAAUGAUGCUAAUACCAGCAACAACGGCGCUAACAAUCACAACAUGAUUCCAAGCCAACAAUACCGGCGGAACACGCAGCCUGUGGCAGGCUUCAAUCCAGCCCCCUCUAGCUUUCAACAACAAUCAAGAAAGUCGAACUUAGCUAACCCUCUAAAUGGGGAACGCAUAGACGAUAUUCAACUUGUUCAGUUACAAAGGAGCAGUUCUGGCCCUUCUUCAACGAACUCGCAUAAUCUUGAAAACGAUAACUCCAACGAAGAAAAGGUUUCAUUGGACAAUGGCUUAGUUUUGAUUAAGGGUAAACAUUUAACCUCUUCCAAGACUUUACACGAUUUAUAUAGUGACUGUGGUAGUGGUUAUUUUGCUGGUUCUGCAGUUUUUGAAUUCACGGAUAAUAUGAAGAAAAUGUUAAAGUUACACGAUUCUAAUGAAAGUCACGGCAACAAAAACAUGAGCUCAAUCGAUGAAGAAGGUAGUACUCAUGAAUCUAUAUUGGGCUUUUUGGACGUUUUAAGAGGUUGUAACUUGAAUUAUAUCAAUGAUCCAGAAUCAAAUAAUGGUACUGUUUCCAAUAACGGUAAAAACAGAAGAAAGGGGUCUUUUACAACAGAUUUGACAUCUAGAAAUAAUAAUAGCUCUUUCCUACCAUAUACACCAUUAGUGUUGGUUGCAUUGAAGAAUGGGAAACUAGAGUUACUAUCAACUCCACAAGCCACCAAUUUGCUAAUGAAAAGAGGUGAUUUAGUUAUCAUUGAUGGUGAUCGUGGGAGAGAUUUAGUUUUGGUUGUUGAGCCAUGUGUGGAUUUGAAUUUGGCGUUGUUCAUAAACUUCCUCAAGAAGAAAAUUCACUUUGACUCUCUAAUUACAAGUGAAUCUCAACACUAUCGUAACGAAGAGUUUAUUCAAAUGCUGAUUGAUUCAAAAAGGGGCCAAAAGAAAAAGUUAAACCCCAAAUUGUAUGAUGUGGUUGAAUUAACUGAAUUGAUUAUUCCUUCUAAGCAAGUCUUACGGUUUGCCACUCCGUGGGAAGUAACUACUAAUCUACACAAUAAAUUUGAAGACGAAUUAAAGGCUCUACAUAUUGCUCAAACAAAAUUACAAGCUUUGAAUGAUAAUUCUAAAUCUCAAAAUACAAAUGAUGGCGCUCCUAACAGUUUUCCAAAUUCCGCAAACUACUCUAAGCCGAAAUUGAAUAUUAAGAUUCUAAAUGCAGAAUUUCAAUUUGAUAGAAAGAAAUUAACAUUCUACUAUGUUUGUGAAGAAAGAAAUGAUUUCAGGGACUUAAUAAAGGAGCUAUUCAAAUAUUAUAAGACAAGAAUCUGGCUAUGUGCUAUCCCAAACAAUUUAUCGAUCGAUUCUAAGUAUUACGAUAAUCAACAAAAAGAACUGAAGUUGUAUCAAGACAUAGUAAAAAAUUAUAAUACCGAAGAUCUAAUGAAUGUAAAUGACUUCUCUCAAAUUAGGUCAAAUAAUAGAAUUAACUUUGCGCCUCCGCUUAAUGAAAUCCAACUCGAUAAUUUUCAAGUUGCUGUUUAUAAAGAAUUGGUUCAUGAAUUGUUUCACUAG